UUGUUGGAGUUUGCCCAGGCGCUCACUCAGCCAAAGGCAGCCAGGCAGACACUUCGGCCACUCCAAGACUCUUUCCUCCCAGUUAAAACCUCGAGGUCGGCCUCCACCCCACCAGCAAACAUGGAACACAACUAUGAGAACUUAGAUCAGGAGAAGUUACCCACCGAGCGGCGUUUUGGAGCCAGCAGCUCCAACCCAAUGCCUUUGUAUGAGAACUCAGGUGAGGCCCAGGAGCAGCUGUACAGCGAGGUUCAAGUCCACGCCUCUGCAGAGGGAGAGCGCAACUCUCCAGAGUACAUGGAGCUCAGGGAUGAGGACAAACACAGCUCCUCAUCCUCAUCUUCGUCCUCAUCAUCCAGCGAUGAUGAGGAAGCCAAGGCAGCUGUGAUGGCUGUGGAGGAGUUAGUGAUGACCCUGGAGCUGCCGCCUUCGCCGAUAGUUGAGGAGCAGCAGGAGAUGAAUGACAGGUCCAGGCGCUCAUCAUCUACCUCACAUUCCUCUUCAUCCCAUGGAGAGAAAGGCAUCGAACCGUUGAUCCAACCUAAGAUCCAGGAUGAGGAUAACGUGGAGGAUGGGAUGCUGAUGUCCUACACCCAUCCCAACACGCAUCCGGAGCUGGAGGACUCCAUGGACUACAGCCUGAAGACUCUGGAGCACGUGAGUCCAGAUGAGGGGAGCGCUGCACCUGCUGAUCCAGGCCAGCCCACAGUUUCUCUCUUUGUUAAGGCAGGAAGUGAUGGAGAAAGCAUCGGAAACUGCCCCUUCUCUCAGCGCCUCUUCAUGAUCCUCUGGCUCAAAGGAGUGGUGUUCAACGUCACCACUGUUGACCUUAAGAGGAAACCGGCAGAUCUGCAGAACCUGGCCCCGGGGACGCACCCUCCAUUCCUUACCUUUGACGGGGAGGUCAAGACGGACGUCAACAAGAUCGAGGAGUUUCUCGAGGAAAUGCUGUCUCCUCCAAAGUAUCCCAAACUGGCUCCCAGGCACAGAGAGUCCAACACAGCUGGAAAUGACAUCUUUGCCAAGUUCUCAGCCUACAUAAAGAACACCAAACCCGAGGCCAACGCUGUUCUAGAAAAGGCUUUGACCAAAGCUCUGAAGAAGCUGGAUGACUACCUCUGUGGUCCACUGCCAGAGGAGAUCGAUGCAGACAGUACGGAGGAAGAGAAGGGCUCCAAGAGAUGCUUCCUGGAUGGAAACGAGCUCACCUUAGCAGACUGCAACCUGCUGCCCAAACUGCACAUAGUCAAGGUUGUCGCUAAAAAGUAUCGCAGCUAUGACAUCCCAUCAGACAUGGCCGGUGUGUGGAAGUAUCUGAACAGCGCCUACAAGCGCGAAGAGUUCACCAGCACCUGCGCCGCUGACACAGAGAUCGAGAACGCCUACAAGGACGUGGCGAAGAGACUGGCCAAAUAAGUCAUCCACCAAUCGAAGCCCAGACAAAACAAACUAGCAACACAUAAAAAUAUACGCAUACACAUAUUUAUUUUUGGUUCUGAAGAUGUUGUUCAUGUGAUUGUCUUUUGAAGUCUUCUCCAGUGACAUUUUCAGAAACACAAGAUCAUUUUUGUCGUAGCGAGCAGGUCAGAUGUCUCCUUCCAGCUCCAAAUGUGAUGGAUUGUAAUAAUUCAGCUCUCUCUUCAAACGGCAUUUCAAUCACACCAGCAGGCAGGCACGACAAAACACCAGUGGAGCAGGAGAUAAAUCAAACUGCGUUCAAAAGCAGCUCUUCAAGCUUCGCUGCUGUGAAACUUUUCUCAUAACUCUUUUUACUCAAACAUGAUUGUGUCUGUCUGUAUUUAUUUCUCAUUGCACAAAGCUCUCUUUCAUACAAUCUCCACCACACAGCCAAAUAUUUUACAAGCUGCUGAUGUAAAGGUCAGUCACUUUAUUUAUUCCCAAGCCCGCAGAAGUGUAGUCUGACUCCUGUGUUUAUUAUCUAGCUCUGGCUCCUGGGUAGACACCUUGUUUCAUCUGUUAUUGAUGAUUAAUGCUGAACGCUUUCUGAAUAUGAGCGUUCCAGGUUGCAGUUUCGUUUCGAUCGUCAGUCUUCACAGCGGGUGCUGCUUUGAGCUUUUCUUUCAAUUUCUUUAGCUUAUGCACAUCUUUAGAUCUACUCCAACUUCCAAAAGCUGUCUUUUUUAAAUAAUAAGUAAACAUUUUAAGAAACCAACUCUGAACAAAGAUUAGAGCAAAGUUUGCAUCUGAUUGUUUGGUUGCUAUAAACUGUGGUACCUAAUUUUUUCAAAAUAAAACUUUCUCCUUUAGUUGAUAAGAAUUAAAAUUAAACCACUUUGUCUCUGGUAACAUGACACGUGUAAUGCAGCAAGAGCUAAGACAUUCGUUUUUACGGGGCACCGAUUGUACAUUUGGCCAUAUUUAGCAUUUUAAUAGCUACAUUUAAACACAUUCAGCAUCUCAUGACAUACAAGUAUGUGACAUUGUUAAAGUCACGUUUUCCACCACUUUUGUUUUGAAAAUUUUUGUAAAAUUGGUACAUAGUUAAGCAUGAAUCCAAGCAGUAGUAAAAAUAUUUAGAUUGCAAAUCUAAACAUCUGAAGUAAGAUCUAAAUAUGACAGUUUGAAUCUAAGAAAUUUAAACUACUCAUGUAGAAAAUGAAAUCUAUGUAUUUAGAAUUUGAGCUAAAAACGUAGAUUUAAAUCUGAACAUGUAAAAGCUCAAUAUCAGGUUGAAAGAAUCCAAAUCCAAACUAUACAUAUAAAGUUAACCCUAAAUAUUCAGACUUUAAAGUGACAGUGUGUAUUUUCCCUGGCAAUAGGGGGCAGUGCAUACCUAAAUCAGUGCAAGCAAGCAUUAUUUUUGUGCUCAAAUAAGACCUUACCAACGGAUAGCCAUUGAGAUCAAAAAUCACUGGGAGUGCAACCUCCAGCCAGAUGACAAGCACAUCAGAUUUCCUUUCAUCACUGGCAAUGAGUGAAGGUAAAUGUGUAAAGCAACUACGUUUAUUAUUGGUGAAAGUUUUGUAACCAUUUGUUACAAAUCAGUAAAUGUGUUUUGUCCUCACGUGCUUCCGUAGAAGGAAACAUGGCAUCCAAUAUGGCGUCGCCGUUAUGAAACUGCCAAUAUUUUUCAACAACUGGGCAUCUUUGAAUUAAUUUACAACAAAAUUUCAAUGGAAAUUUCCAGAGAUUAAUGGUAAAAACUACACAUUGUCACUUUAAAUUUACAUUCGUAACAUUUCAUCUAAGUGUUCCAGUUUAAAUAUAAACAUAAUUUAAAACACACUAUUUACUUGAUAUGUGAGUCUGAUAUGCCAUAAAAAGGAAAAACAAACCUAAAUACAGGCAGGGUGAAGAGGCUCCCUAUCCAACGUCUCUGAGUCCCCUACAGUCCAUUCAAUCACAGAUUCUUCAUCCAUCUGCUGGGAAAACCCACAAAACUCCAUGUAGGGCUUCUCUUCAGACUGCUUUUACUUUACAGUUAUUUUACAGCAGUCUGAAAUUGCAAUUCAUUAAAAUAUUUAGUUAAAAACUUACUACAUUUAUACUUAGAUUUCAACAUUUAGAUCUGCAGUAGAUAUUUAAAGUUAAAUCUAAAUAUUUAGAUUUUUAUUCAUUUGAAUUAAACCUAUUAUGUUUAAAUUUGAUUUAACAUAUUUGAGUUUAAUGCUAAAUAUUUAGAUUUUAUUAUGAAUAGGAGCAACGUUUAACUUUACUCAUCUAGAUUUCUGCUGAGUAUUCUCUUUGAAAUUUCAUUCUAAACAUUUAGGUGAAACUUUAUUUAGAUUUUAUUUUAAUUAUUUAAGUUUUAUUUUAAAAUUGAUAUUAAAUAUUUAAAUGCAACUUAAAUACUUAUAUUUCAUAGUAAAUAUUUUCUUCUUGAAUCAUUUUUUGAGACUAUAAUGGUCAAAUAGGCUAUAGCAUAAUUGACUUUAAUGUUUAAUUAUACAAUUGGUUCCCCAUACAUUUGCAGAAUUUGGUCAGGGUAUUGAUUUUGUCUUAAGUUACCACAAGAUAUUAUAAAUGGAGAGACUAUUCAUUUAGUGGUCCCAAUCAGGUCUGAUUAGGUAGAGCCAUUAGUGCUGUGAUGAAAAGCGUCUUCCAGGCCAGGUCCAGUGUGGUGAGAAGCCCCCCCCCCUCCCCGCCCACCCCCCCCGUCCUUCCUACAGAAGGAUAUUUCCCCUUCUCUGAUGAUUCCAUCAACAUACUCAGCCUAAAAGUUAAAGUUAAAACGUUUCAGUGUCUAAAAACAGGAGAAUGGAAACUUUUCUUGGGGCUUGUUGUCGUUGGCUCCAUGUCUGGUUGCAACUUUAGCAAGAUUUCCUCAAAGAGCCACGAGGCUCUUGCAUGGUUUGGACAAGCUCAUGAUCUGAAAUUGGAGCAUGAUGACUGAGAGGGUUUGUUCUGAGCUAAGCUCCACAAAUAAAAUAAUAUUUUCACAGA